AAGUGUAAGUUCAUUCUUAAUCGUUCCGGCUUCGUCAUCGAUCCAAUCGAACACCGACAAAAUGGCGUCUGAAGAACCACUGGUCGUCGACUCUGUGUACCUCUACGAGAAAGAGAACGCAACCGCUCAUCACACGAUCAAUUACGAGCUGGUGCACCUGGAUCCACCGACGACUGUGUUAAGAAGAGGUCAGCCCUUCAACGUGGCCUUGAGAUUCAAUCGUGAAUACGUAGAUGAGACGGACAUCGUCAGGCUGCUGUUCAGCUUCGGUCCCAAUCCAAACGUUCUGAAAGGAACCAGAGGCGUUAACACCAUCACCAACAGGGACACUUACUUAACCGAUCUGGAGGCAUGGGGUGUACGCAUGAUCGGCGUCAGCGGCAUGGAUUUGUCCGUGGAAGUCAGAAGUCCCAUCGACAGUCCCAUCGGCAUGUGGCAACUGAACGUGGAGACCACCACCUUGGGAAGAAGGAAAGCUCCGAACACGUACAACUACGACAAGAACAUCUACUUGCUCUUCAAUCCCUGGAUGAAAGAGGAUCUCGUGUACAUGGAGGACGAACAACUCCUGGACGAGUACGUUCUGAACGACGUGGGGAAGGUGUGGGUGGGCCCAUGGGGAAGUUCUCGAGGCAGAGAAUGGGUAUUCGGUCAAUUCGACGCCUGCGUGCUUCCAGCUUGUCAAUUGCUGCUGGAAAGAUCCGGUAUUAAGGCUGUUUCCAGAGGGGACCCCGUGAAAAUGUGCAGGGCUAUCUCAAGAAUCAUAAACUCCAACGAUGACAAGGGAGUGAUAACAGGCCGCUGGGACGGCGAAUACGACGAUGGCACUGCGCCAGCUGCUUGGACCGGAAGCGUUCCAAUUCUGGAGCAAUUUUUGGAAAGCACCGAAUCGGUGAAAUAUGGACAAUGCUGGGUGUUUGCUGGCACGGUGACCACCGUGUGUCGUGCUCUUGGUAUACCAUCCAGGGUGGUUUCUAAUUUAGUAUCCGCCCACGAUGCAAAUGCUUCUCUCUCCGUCGAUCGUUACUACGACAUAGACAACGAGGAGUUAGAUUACGAUCCCAACAAUCUCGAUGGCGAGGAUUCCAUAUGGAAUUAUCACGUUUGGAACGACGUUUGGAUGGCUCGACCAGACUUACCCAAAGGUUAUGGUGGCUGGCAGGCGAUCGACUCGACGCCCCAAGAGCCCUCCGAGGGCUUUUACCAAUGUGGACCAGCUUCCGUGGAAGCCAUCAGGCAAGGCGCAGUUGGCUACAACUAUGACGUAACGUUCAUGGUGGCCUCCGUGAACGCUGACUUUAUGAGAUGGAAGGAGGACCCGGAAAGCGAUCUUGGUUACUCGAAAAUCGACUGUAACAAGUACCACAUUGGUCGAAUGAUCCUGACGAAAGCGCCUUGGAUCUUCGAUCCUAAUGGCGACCGCGACAGAGAAGACAUAACGCCAUUGUACAAGGCAAAAGAAGGAACCGAAGCUGAGCGUUUGACGCUGUACAGAGCAGUACGCAGCACCGAAGUAGCAAAAAGGUUCUACUCUCUGCCUGCGCCAGGAAAAGAGGAUGUCGAGUUCGACCUCGUGGACCUUGAACGCGUGAACAUUGGUCAGCCAUUCGCUAUGAUAGUGCACAUAAAGAACAAAUCAGACAAGCCACGAACCAUUCAAGCCAUACUAUCGGCUGGUAGCGUCUACUACACAGGAGUCAAAGCUAAUCUAGUGAAGAGAGCAUCAGGCAACUUUGUUCUUCAACCAAACGCCAGCGAGCAGUUGAGGCUCACGGUCACUGUAGACGACUAUUUGGACAAGCUGGUGGAGUAUUGCAUCAUGAAACUGUACUGCAUUGCCACGGUCAAGGAAACCAGGCAAACUUGGGCCGACGAGGACGACUUCCAGGUCUUGAAACCGAGCAUCGUGGUCAAGAUCGAAGGCGAUCCUACGGUAGGGAAGCCAUCAACGAUCAGUCUCAGUUUCAAGAAUCCCUUGAAGAGGAUACUGACAGAGUGUAAGUUCAACUACGCCGGUCCAGGACUAUCCAGGAACAAAACCUUGGUGUUCAGGGACGUUGAUCCUGAAGAGGAGGUCUACGUGGAGCAUCAACUGGUCCCACAGAAGUCUGGACAACAGAAGAUCAUCGCUACCUUCACCUCGAAGCAGCUGGUAGACAUCACAGGAUCGGCUACCAUCGACGUCCUCGACGAGGACGAGUGAACUUCAUGAUGAGUGAUAUUCAUGAUUCAUGACAUUGAAUGCGAGUCACCGCCAUUCACAGUUACGGAAGUUAUUCCGUUUACGAUCGAUGACGAAUACCGGGUUAAAAACAUCUUUCUGUGAGUCGUCUGAAUGCAUAGAUAUAAGGAUUACGAACGUUAUGCGUGUUUGGACGAAGGCUGAGAUCACAUCUCGGAACGGAGUUUAUGUAAGCGAAGAGAAUUGCACCUAAAAAUAACUGGGAGCUCUUGUACAUUAGCACGCGAAAUGAAUGAGAAUGGUCCGUGAAGAAUGUUAGGAGCCCCCAUCAUUGUUAUUAUUAUGUCGGUCAUCUUUAAUUUUUAUUAUUGUAUUUGAUAACUUUUUAUAGAUUAUUAAUAUAUAUGUGUAUGGCCUUUGCAAGACUUAAGCGUGGAAUCUCUUCUUGUUCUUCAAGAUUUUCUAAAUGUUUUUAUACGAGGAAGUUUGUACGCGAAGGAUCCAAAUCCAAUGUUAUAAUGAUAUGAAA